AUGCCAGUCCUGCAUAAAUCAACCCUAAACUUUUUUCCCCAACCUCUGUUUUUGUGGUCCUUCUUUUUCUACGCAGGUUCAAGUGAGCCAGGAGGUAAACAAAGAUCCGCAUCGGCACUGGACGGGGAACAGCCCUCAUCAACUCGCGCCCAAAAGGCUAGGGCUGCGAUAGCUGCUGUUGCCGAACUCAUCGAGCCCGGACCUCCUCCGAUUCCGUCUAGCCGAUCUGACAGAGCGUUCAGCAGCAUACAACACGGAUCAGAAGAUGGUCAUUUGGCUGCCAACGUUACCGUUGCGGCUGUUGUCAACACGCCCACUUCCAUAUUCUCAUCGCCUUAUUCUGCUCAAUCCCCUGAGCUGACGGCCUAUUCAGAAAGUGGCCUAGCGCCUAUCAGGCAACGACAACUACCCAAACCGGAAAAUUCGCAUUUCGGAAAGGGAGACGAGCACAUUUCGGCGGCAGCAACAACUUCAACCGAAAACAGCAAAACUAGACGCAAUCGGAUUCCGGAGCCAUCAUCCACAGAUGGAAGGACUGAUGAUGAGAUCAUUAAAAAUGGAACUAGAAAGGAGAAGAAAAGUGGGCGGCUCAGAAGGGCCUCCGUAACUGACAAAUAUGAGCUGUUAGAAAUUCGUUCUGAUAAAGGUGGAGCAGAGGAAGGUAAAACGAUCUCUAUCUUUUAUAGAAGCAAUCUCGCACUUAAGGAUAUUUAUGAGUUAUCUCUAAAAUGCGGUUUCACUAUUUAA